AUGGGCAUCGCGAUGAAAAGAAAGGCCGACGACACCUUCAACAAUGCUUCGCCGGGCCGGAGAUUGAAAGCGCCUUGCUUCAAUGUUCCAUCUCAAUGGCCGCCAUCUUACGAAGACAACACUGGAAUGCAAGACAUGAUGACGUCGCCGCCUCCUACGCGACGCCAAAGCCUGUUCGAGGGAGACUGGGACAUCAACGGAAACAGUGUCUCAACAGCGAGCGAGAACUCGGGAAACGGAAGAUCUGGAUCCGGAAUGGACGUCGACAUGGGCUCUCCGGGUCAACUAUGCAAUCGCUCCCCCAUCCAAGGCUUGUUAUCCGCUCAGCGAAUAUGGAGAUCAUUAUGCUCGGACGAGUCGAACGUGGGCAGGAAAGCGAAACGCGAAGUCUGCCAAUUGGCCUGGAUGGAGUAUCUGAACGAAGUGGCACAGUCCCAUCCGCAACGCGUGGUGCCGAGAGAGCAGUAUGAUGCUGCACAGCAUGAAGUCGAACGUUUGAGGGAGAGCGUGGCGCAUUUGACCCAGGAAUUGGACGAUUCGAAGGCGAGAAUAUCUCAAUUAGAGACACAGCAGUCCCAGCACUCCUUUCAACAACAGCAUCAGCAACCUGUCUCAACGCCGACCGGACGGUAUGAAGGCGCGGCGCUGGCAACCUCGUUUCAGCAACGCCAUCCACCGUCGCAACCGCAACAGGCUGUCUUCUUCACUCCCCAUCAAUAUGUUCCGGUGCCUUGA